AUGCCGCUCAUCGUCAGCAAAGCCAACACCAGGGACCCUGAGUUCGCGGAGAACCAGCGGAUUAACCGGCAACUCGUCGCCGAUCUGCGCGCCGAGGUCGAAAAGAUCAAAGGCGGCGGCGGCGAGCGCGCCCGCGUGCGUCAUCUGGAACGGGGAAAGCUCCUGCCGCGCGAGCGGGUGCGCUGCCUUCUGGACAGCGGCUCGCCUUUCCUCGAGCUUUCGCAACUGGCCGCCCACGACCUGUAUGACGGCGAGGUGCCGGCCGCCGGGUUGAUUACCGGCAUUGGCCGCGUGUCGGGACGCGAGUGCCUGAUCGUAGCCAACGACGCCACUGUCAAGGGCGGGACUUACUAUCCGCUCACCGUAAAGAAACACCUCCGUGCGCAGGAGAUCGCCGAACAGAACCACUUGCCGUGCAUCUAUCUUGUCGAUUCCGGCGGCGCCAACCUGCCCAAUCAGGACCAGGUGUUUCCGGACCGCGAUCACUUCGGCCGGAUCUUCUUCAACCAGGCCAACAUGUCGGCCAAAGGGAUACCCCAGAUCGCGGCGGUCAUGGGCUCCUGCACCGCGGGGGGCGCCUAUGUUCCGGCGAUGGCGGACGAGAGCAUCAUCGUGAAAGGGCAGGGCACCAUCUUCCUGGGAGGACCACCGCUGGUGAAAGCGGCGACCGGCGAAGUCGUCUCGGCGGAGGAACUCGGCGGAGCCGAGGUGCACACCCGGACCUCGGGCGUUACCGAUCACUACGCCGAGAACGACAGCCACGCCCUGGCGAUCGCGCGCCGGAUCGUGGCGACCCUGAACCGUCCGAAGUCGCAGCCGCUUGAGGUGCUGGAAUCGCGCGAGCCGCACUACGACCCGGCCGAACUCUAUGGUCUCGUCCCGCCCGACCUCCGCCAGCCUUAUGAUGUACGCGAGGUGAUCGCCCGUCUGGUCGAUGCCAGCGAGUUUGACGAGUUCAAAGCCCUUUACGGCCAAAGCCUGGUGUGCGGCUUCGCCCAUAUCUGCGGCUACCCUGUCGGCAUUCUUGCCAACAACGGAAUUCUGUUUUCGGAAUCCGCCCUGAAGGGGGCGCAUUUCAUCGAACUCUGCACCCAACGCGGCAUCCCGCUGGUGUUCCUGCAGAACAUCACCGGCUUCAUGGUCGGAAAGAAGUACGAGGCCGGGGGCAUCGCCAAGGACGGCGCGAAGCUUGUGACCGCCGUCGCUUGUGCGAAGGUGCCGAAGUUCACGGUCAUUCUGGGGGGCAGCUUCGGUGCCGGAAACUACGGCAUGUGCGGGCGCGCCUACGGCCCCCGUUUCCUUUGGAUGUGGCCGAACGCGAGGAUCUCCGUCAUGGGGGGCGAGCAGGCCGCGACGGUUAUGGCAACGCUGCGCCGCGAUGCGGUUGAGGCAAAGGGCCAGUCCUGGAGCGAGGCGGACGAAGAAGCCUACAAAGCGCCGAUCCGCGACCAGUACGAACUCCAGGGCCAUCCCUACUAUGCGACGGCCCGCCUUUGGGACGACGGGAUCAUCGACCCGCUCGACACGCGCAUGGCCCUCGGGCUGGGCAUUUCGGCUGCGCUGAAUGAGAUCGACAGCCGCGGGGUGGCGCGGAUCACGCUGACCCGUGCCGAUCAGCACAACGUGUUCAACGACGUGCUGAUCGGGGAGCUGACCACCGCCCUUGCGGGGCUGGAACAGGACGGGCGCGUUAGGCUGGUGAUCCUGGCCGCCCAGGGGCGCAGCUUCUCGGCCGGGGCCGAUCUCAACUGGAUGAAGGCGAUGGCCGGCUACUCCGAGGCGGAGAACCGGGACGAUGCCUUGCGCCUGGCCAAGCUGAUGCAGACGCUGAACCGGCUUUCGAAGCCGACCCUGGCGCUGGUGCAGGGGCCGGCCUAUGGCGGUGGCGUUGGCCUCGCGGCCUGCUGUGAUAUUGUGGUCGCUGCCGAGGCCGCAACCUUCUGCCUCUCCGAGGUGAAGCUGGGCCUGAUUCCGGCUGUGAUCAGCCCCUAUGUCAUAGCGGCCAUCGGCGAGGCGGCGGCGCGCCGCUAUUUCCUGACGGCCGAAGUCUUCUCGGCCUGGGAGGCCCAGCGCCUGGGGCUGGUUCACGAGGUUGUCGAGGCCGGCGCCCUGGAGCAGACAGGGCGACAGCUCGCUGCAAAGCUGCUGGACGGCGGGCCCAUGGCCCAGGCGGCUGCGAAGGAUCUUGUUUUCACGGUGACAGAGGCGAGGGACGACAGGCUGAUCGACGAUACCGCGGAGCGGAUUGCCGCGGUGGGACUGAAGCGGACGAUGAAGAAGCCUGACCGCUAUUGGUUGCCGGGCUUGGUUCUGACGCUCGGCCUCUACGUCCUGGUCUCGCUUUCGGUCUCAGAGACGGUCGACUUCUUCUUCCUGGUCAUGCUCGGAACCCUGGUGUUCUGCGUGACGCUGUUUUAUCGCCUCUUUCCCGGCAGCUACUUCACGACCAUCGCCUUGGCGAACUUUCUGUCGGUCUAUGCCUGCCUCUUUAUCUUCUUCGUCGAGGCCAACUUCGGCGCGGCGGCCGAUUGGGUGGUGCGGGUUUCCUUCGCCCUGCCGAUACUCACAUUCAUGGCCGGGGUCUGGCUGCGCAGGGGCGCCAUUCACCGCCUCGUGAACCAUGAAGUCGACACCCGCAUCCACUAUGCGCCGCGCGUCUUCCUAUGGCUCCUGCCGGUCAUGGUGGUGGGGCUGGCGACUUUCCUGGUGCCGCACCAGGGCUUCAGCGCCCAGACCGUAGGGCUGCUGCUGCUCGCCAGCAUGGGGCUGAUUGCGGUCACGGUGAUGGCCGUGUGCCGCGACGUCACCGCCUUUCUGCUUGAAACCGGGCUGCUGUUCGAAGACUUUUUCGCCCGCGCCAGCGCCCUCAUGGCGCCGACCCUGGCUUUCUUCACCUACUAUUCCUUUGUCGUCAUCGUUUUUGCCGGAGUCUAUCGGCUCGUCGGGCGUAUCAUCCCCGGCGAUCAUUUCAUGCUGGCCGGAGAGCCGAGAACGAUCAGUUUCAUGGAAAGCCUCUACUUCUCGAUCAUCACGCUGAGUACCGUGGGAUACGGCGACCUCGUGCCCGCAAGCCUGCUGGUGCGCGCCAUCGCAUCGCUGCAGAUCGUGAUCGGGGUAUGGCUGAUCAUCUUCGGCUUUUCGGAAGUGCUGAGGUACACGCGCGAGCACCCGGUUCUGAUCUUCCUGAUAGCGGCGGUCUGCGUCGUGCCCCUGUUCCGCUGGGCACGAUCCAGCUCCGUCCUGGGCUACCUGGCGGCCGGGGUUCUGGUCGGUCCUUCCGCGCUGGCCCUGGUGAAGGACCCGGACAGCGUCCAACUGCUGGGCGAGUUCGGCGUCAUCUUUCUGCUCUUUGCGAUCGGUCUCGAGCUUUCGGUCGAGCGCCUCAAGGUCAUGCGCCGCCUCGUGUUCGGCCUCGGUGCCAGCCAGGUUACCCUGACGGCUGUGCUGGUCGGGAUCGUCGCAUUCUGGGCCGGACAGUCGGUCGAGGCGGCGCUGGUCAUCGGCUUCGGGCUGGCGCUUUCCUCUACCGCUUUUGUCAUUCAGAUGCUGAUCGAGCGCGGCGAACUCGCCUCGCGCUUCGGCCGAACCUCCUUUGCCGUCCUGCUGUUCCAGGAUCUGGCCAUCAUUCCCUUGCUGGCGCUCCUUCCGCUGCUCAGCGGGCCCGACGCCAACAUCCUGGAAGCCCUCGGUCUUGCGGCACUGAAGGCGGUCGGCGUGGUGAUCGCGGCGAUCGUCAUCGGGCGGCGCAUUCUGCGGCCGAUCUACCGGGUCAUCGCCGCCAGCAGACUGCAGGAACUCUUCGUCGCGGCAACCCUCCUGGUGGUGCUGGGCUCCGGCUGGCUGAUGGCCCUGGGCGGAAUUUCCAUGGCGCUCGGCGCCUUUCUGGCCGGCCUGCUGCUGGCGGAGACCGAGUACCGCCAUCAGGUCGAUGCCGACAUCAGGCCUUUCAAGGGCCUGUUGCUCGGUCUCUUCUUCAUGGCCGUCGGCAUGGCGAUCGACAUUCAGCAGUUGCUUCAGGACUGGCGCAUCGUUGCCAUCUGCCUCAUUGCACUGUUGCUGGUGAAGAGCGUCGUCACGACCCUGUUGUGCCUGCUGUGGAAGCUGCCCGCCGACGUCGCCGUUCGGGCCGGAACCCUGCUGUCGCAGGCCGGUGAGUUUGGCUUCGUGCUGUUUGGCGGCGCCAUGAUCCAGGGGCUUCUCGACCGCGAGACGGGCCAGGUUCUGUUGGCGGUCAUCGCCUUGUCGAUGGCCGUGACGCCGGCUAUGGGCUGGGCCGGAGGGCGGCUGUCGCGCGGGUUGGCGCCCAAGCCCAGCAGCGGCCAGGAGAGCCUGAAGCAUGAAGUCGAGAGCGUCAGCGACCACGUCAUCAUCGCCGGCUUCGGCCGGGUCGGCCAGACGGUGGCGCGCGUGCUCUCCGCCUGCGGGGUGCCCUACGUUGCGCUGGAUCUGGACCAUGGCCGGGUGACCCACUAUCGCGGCCGCGGGCUGCCUCUCUACUACGGGGAUGCGACGCGGGUCGAUGUCCUGGAAGCCGCCGGGGUGGAACAUGCCCGCGCUGCCGUCAUUACAGUGGACCGCUCCGCCGAAGCCAGCCGCGCGGUCGAGGCGCUGCACAGCCGCAUGCCCGAACUGCCGAUUUUCGUGCGGUCCCACGAUCUGCGCCAUGCCCAGGCGCUUGAGCAGGUCGGGGCCGUUGCGGUGGUGCCGGAGACCGUUGAGGCCAGCCUGCAACUGGGUGGUAUUCUCCUGUCGUCCGUGGGUAUCGGGGCCGACGAUGUGACCCGCGUCAUGAGAGUGGCUGGGGACGUGUUCGAGUCUGUACUGAUCGCCAACCGCGGCGAGAUUGCCUGUCGCAUCAUCCGUACGGCCCGGCGGCUUGGCCUGCGCUGCAUUGCGGUCUAUUCGGAGGCGGACGCCGCAGCCGCCCAUGUCGACCUGGCUGACACGGCUCACUGCAUCGGGCCGGCGCCGGCGGCGGAAAGCUAUCUUCGGAUCGAAGCGAUCCUGGAUGCGGCCAAGGCCGCCGGUGCCGAGGCCAUUCACCCGGGAUACGGGUUCCUGUCGGAAAACGCGGCCUUUGCCGAGGCUUGCCGGGAAGCGGGUAUCGCCUUCAUCGGUCCGCCGCCCGCGGCCAUUCGCGCCAUGGGCUCCAAGAGCGAGGCCAAGGCCUUGAUGGAGGCGGCGGGCGUGCCGCUGGUUCCCGGCUAUCAUGGCGACGAGCAGGCGUCCGAGCCGCUGCUGCGCGAGGCCGAGGCGGUCGGUUUUCCGUUGAUGAUCAAGGCCUCGGCCGGGGGCGGGGGCAAGGGCAUGCGCAUCGUGGAGGCGGCGCAGGACUUCGCAGCCGGCCUCGACGCGGCCCGGCGCGAAGCCAAGGCCGCCUUCGGCGACGACAGGGUUCUUCUGGAACGCUACCUGGCCGCGCCGCGCCACAUCGAGAUCCAGGUCUUCUGCGACGACCACGGCAAUGCCGUGCACCUCUUCGAACGCGACUGUUCGGCGCAGCGCCGGCAUCAGAAGGUGAUCGAGGAGGCGCCGGCGCCAGGCCUGUCGCCCGAGCAGCGGGAGGCGAUGGGCGCGGCCGCUGUCGCCGCGGCCCGGGCGAUUGACUACCGCGGCGCCGGGACCGUCGAGUUCCUCUUUGACAAGGGCGCUUUUUACUUCAUGGAGAUGAACACGCGCCUGCAGGUCGAGCAUCCGGUCACCGAGGCGAUCACAGGCCUGGAUCUGGUCGAGUGGCAGCUGCGGGUGGCGGCCGGCGAGGCCUUGCCGCGCGCUCAGGAGGAUCUCGCCAUCUCCGGCCAUGCCGUCGAGGCCCGGCUCUAUGCGGAGGAUCCGGAGAGCGGCUUUCUGCCGUCGACCGGCCGCCUGCUGCAUCUCAGCCUGCCGGAGGGCCCUGAGGCGGGCGAGGGCGUACGGGUGGACAGCGGCGUGCGCAGCGGUGACGAGAUCUCGGUGUUCUAUGAUCCCAUGAUCGCCAAGGUGAUCGCCCAUGGCGAGGAUCGCCCCACCGCCCUGCGCCGGCUGAACCGCGCCCUGGCGGAGACCGAGGUUGUGGGCGUCGCCAGCAACGUGGCCUUUCUGCGCCGGACGCUGGCCCAUCGGGCCUUCGCCGCGGGCGGCAUCGAUACGGCCUUUCUGGAUAAGCACCGCGACAGCCUGCUGGCACCCGGCGGGGCGGUCCCGGAACCGGUUCUCGCAGCCGUCGCCCUGGCCGAGAUGCGCUGGCGCAGCCGUGAGGCGCGCCGCGCCGCGGCGGCCUCGGGCGAUCCCUAUUCCCCCUGGCGGCUGACCAACGGCUGGCGCCUGAACUCGGAGACCCACAGCGAUCUGACUUUCUUGUACGGCACGCAGGAGAUCCAGGUCUCGAUCCACUUCGGCCCGGCCGGCUUGAGCCUUUCCCUGCCGGCGGGGGAGCGUGCGGUGCGCUUUGACGAGACCCCCGAUGGCCGCCUUGCGGUCCGUCUGGGCGAAGAGACCUUCCGGGCCCGGGUGGUGCGCGACGGCAAGCAGCGCUGGGUGGUGAUUGACGGUGCGGUCUGGGGGCUCGGCCUGCAGGAUCUGCUGCUGGGUGUGCCGGACGAUGCUGUCGGCAGCGGACGCAUUGUCGCGCCGAUGCCGGGCAAGGUGAUGGCGGUGCUGGUUCAGCAGGGAGACCGGGUGGGGCAGGGCCAGCCUCUGCUGCGUCUGGAGGCGAUGAAGAUGGAGCACACCCUGACCGCGCCGCACGACGGCGAGGUCGAGAGCCUGGCCUGCGCCGUCGGCGAGUUGGUGGAGGAAGGCAGCGAGUUGGCAGUCCUCGCCGAGGCCUGA